CUGACAUGAAGAAAGAUAUAGAGUCUUUAAUAGCCCAGGAAAAAGCGGAGAUUGUUGCCAAGUAUGAGAAGGGCAGGCAGGAAGGAGCUCAGAUUGACCCCUGGGAAGAUGCAGAUUUCACGCUGUAUAAAGUUACAGACCGGUUUGGAUUCCUGCACGAGCAGGAGCUGCCAACCCGCACGGCCUUGGAGGAUAAGCAAAAACAGCAGGAAAUCGAACGCGUGGACAAGUGGCUAAAGAUGCUGAAGAAAUGGGGCAAAUACAGAAACAGUGACAAGAUGUGCCGGCGAGUGUACAAAGGGAUUCCACUUCAGGUGCGAGGCCAGGUCUGGUCACUUCUGCUGGACGUCGAGAAGAUGAAGAAGGAGAACGAAGGAAAAUAUGAGCAAAUGAAAGAACAAGCAAAGAGCUUUUCAUCAGAAAUCAAACAGAUAGAUUUGGACGUUAACCGCACCUUCCGAAACCACAUCAUGUUUCGGGAUCGCUAUGGAGUGAAGCAACAAGCACUCUUCCAUGUCCUGUCAGCAUACUCGGUUUAUAACACCGAAGUGAGCUACUGCCAAGGGAUGAGCCAGAUCGCAGCCAUCCUCCUGAUGUACUUAAACGAAGAGGAUGCAUUUUGGGCACUGGCACAGCUGCUGACCGACCAGCGCCAUGCUAUGCACGGUUUUUUCAUUCCUGGGUUCCCGAAGCUGCAGAGAUUUCAAGCUCACCAUGAGCAGAUUUUAAGCAAACUGUUUCCCAAACUGAAGAAGCACAUGGACAAGGAGCAGAUGACUACAGGGAUUUACACGACCAAGUGGUUCCUGCAGUGUUUCAUUGACCGGACUCCCUUCACCCUCACCUUGCGACUGUGGGAUAUCUACAUCCUUGAAGGAGAGCGGGUGCUGACAGCCAUGGCUUACACCAUCCUCAAACUGCACAAAAAGCGCUUGCUGAAGAUGACGCUGGAAGAUUUACGGGAAUUUCUGCAGGAGAAAAUUGCUGCUUCCCUGCAGUAUGAGGACGAUGCUGUCAUUGAGCAACUGCAGGUGUCGAUGACUGAACUGCGCAAGAUGAAAUUUGACCUCCCCCCACCAGCAAAGCCUGAGGAGUUCCCACGGAAACCCCUGGGACUGGAGCUCUCCCUCACCCCAGUAGCCGUGAAGGGCAAUGUGGCGGCCAACAGCCAGAAUGGCCGGGUGGGUGAGCAUCCCCCGGACAGGGAGCCCCAUCCCCACAGAGGUGCCCGGGCACCCGGAGGAACAACGGUGGUGGAAGCGAGGACUCCCACCCUCCAGGGCAGUGAAGCAGCUGAAGCGAUGGACAUUCACCUGCACCCUCCUGGUGGGGGGCCACUGGGAGAGGAGGGUCAGGUGGAGCCCACUAGGGAUGGGCAGCCACCAUCCCUUCUGAAGGCAAGCGAGACGCAGGCCCAUCAUCACCUCCUGCCUACGGCCCUGCCUCUGGAGCAGCCUCUUCUUGUUCCCAGCCAUGCCGUGGUGGACCAUGAGUUGGUGUCCCCCCCUGCCCCAGCUGAGGACAGCUCCUUGGACUCCUCUCUCCAAAACACACAGAGUCCUCCCGACUUGAGCACUGCUGAGCUUUCUGCUACGGACCAUGCGGUAUGGCAGCCAAAUCCUGCUGCCCUGACAGCAGGAGAACAAGCAUCUUCCCUCUGCAAAAAGAAAGCACUUGAUACACCCUCUCAUCCUCUGCCGGGUGGCUGGCAGCAGCUUUCUGGCACAUUGCAGCACAACAGCUCCACUGAGAGCGAGCACAGGGAGGAGGGGGCUGAGAAGCACUGCAGAGCAGCACUCCUGGACAAAAUGGACUUGAAACACUUGGCAUCCAAAGCUGCAUCCACAGGGGAGCUCACCAGCCUGCAGCAGAACGGGCCUGGGAGCACCACCGGCACCGGGCACUGGCCGGAGGGCUUGGGCACGCUGCCCACACACGGGCUGGUGGGUGGCAGCGUGCCUGUCUUAUCCAGCAGCGAGUUGGAGGCAGCGGGGCUGG